ACAAAUGGCGGGUAAUGAAACAGCUGUUCAGGCCGCCGCCGGCUCGACAUCUAGCGGAGCGCGGGCGCGAUCCGGCGCGCGUCGGCGACGACGUCGACGUAGAGUACGUCGUGGCGAGGAAGAACGUAGACCGCCGAGGAGAACCGCGACGGUGCUCGCGGGUGACCUGUCGAGGAGGAACAUGGCCGCUGGCUGUUGCGGCGCGAAGAAGCAGAGGCUGGGCGGUACGUCAAGCCUAUCGCCUUGCGACGGCAGUGUUGUUACGCGACACGGCGCUCCUCAACCGAGGAAGUGCACGAUCGCCCAGCCAGAGAUGGGUUUCUUCUGCUUCGACGUGCUCUACUGCCAGCUACACCAGCUGGACCCGCCGAAGGCGCCGAACUUCAGCAACGAAGCGUUCCCUUUAUUUGUGACAUGGACAAUAGGAAAAGAUAUGAGGUUGCGAGGUUGUAUCGGUACUUUUAACGCGAUGCAUUUACACGCUGGGCUACGAGAGUACGCUGCAACUAGCGCAUUCAAAGACUCUCGGUUCAAUCCCAUUACACGGGACGAGCUGCCACGUUUGCACGUGAGCGUGUCGAUUUUACGGCAUUUCGAGGACGGGGUUGACUAUUUAGAUUGGGAGGUGGGCGUACACGGGAUUCGUAUAGAGUUCCACAAUGAGAAGGGUAAUAAGCGGACGGCCACUUACUUGCCCAGCGUAGCUAUGGAGCAAGGAUGGGACCAAAUACAAACGAUAGAUUCUCUGCUGCACAAGGGCGGCUACAAGGGCCUAGUAACGCCCGACAUUCGUCGUAGCCUGAAACUGACUCGCUAUCAGAGCGAGGAGGUCACCGUGAGCUAUCAAGACUAUAUGACACAUUUCAAUUCGUCUCACGUCUCGCCGCAUGAUAACGCUCGGUACAAUCCUUUGGUGUCCAAUCAGCAGAACACGCAGAUCAUCACGCAGCCCAGUCGCUCGACAUUCAUACACCCGCUACCUUUGCCCCCGAUCCCCCCGGUCAUGGUGCCGAUACGUAACAAUCCGCCCGGCUGGUGGAAUAACGCGGGUCCGUCCUAUCCGCCUGCGCCGCCCCGACCGCAUCGCUCCACGACGCAGGAAACCGCGGAACGCGGGCUACACGCACACCACGGGUCGUAGACCGUUCGUGUCCGCAGUCGGGUCGCGGGAGUUGACGGCAGUCGAGUGGGAAACAUGGCUGCUGGCUGUUGCGGUACAAAGAAGCAAAAGUUGAACAACAACUCAACGGGCGCGCCAUGUAAUGGUACCACGGUGUUGUCAAACGGCACUCGUAUACGUAACACGCCGAUCGUGCAGCCCGAGAUGGGCUUCUACUGUUUCGACGUCCUCUACUGCCAACUGCACCAACUCGACCCACCAAAACCGCCCAACUUUAGCAACGAAGCAUUCCCCCUGUUUGUAACAUGGACAAUUGGCAAAGACAUGAGAUUACGUGGUUGCAUUGGUACAUUUAAUGCCAUGCAUUUACAUGCAGGGCUUAGGGAAUAUGCUGCUACUAGUGCUUUUAAGGAUUCGCGGUUCAAUCCUAUAACAAGAGAGGAACUGCCACGCUUGCACGUGAGCGUGUCUAUACUACGGCAUUUUGAGGAUGGCGUGGAUUACUUAGAUUGGGAAAUAGGAGUUCACGGUAUUCGUAUAGAGUUCCACAAUGAGAAGGGCAACAAAAGAACUGCUACUUACUUACCUGAUGUUGCGACUGAACAAGGUUGGGACCAGAUACAAACGAUAGACUCGUUACUACACAAGGGUGGCUAUAAGGGUUUAGUUACGCCAGACAUUAGGCGCAGUGUGAAGCUGACGCGAUACCAGAGCGAGAAGGUUACUGUAAGCUAUCAAGACUACAUGACACAUUGGCACAACCGAAGAUGCUAGCAGCUGGCUUGGGGUCCUAUUCAGGGGCCCCUACCUUGCCAAACGCCCAGCACGUUUUGUUACAAAAAUACUGACACGGUUAAUACCACUUACCCACAAUACAGUACCACUCAAUACAACUCCUUCAUAGCCAAUCAGCAGCAUACUUUAGUUAUGGUCCAACCGAAUCAUCCCGCUUUCAUACACACACUACCGAUGCCACCGAUUUCUUCAGUUAUGUUACCCAUGCAAAACUAUCCGCCAUUCUGAUGGAAUUAUGUGUGUCGCAUCUUUCAUUUCGCUUCAUCGUUAUUCUUUACAAAGUUUUGUAACUUUGAAAAGUGAAUUUAUAGGAGAGCGGUAAGAGAUCCAAUGUUGUAUAUGAUCUAUUUUACUGCUUUAAUUGAUGCCUAUUAUAUUUUGAUUGUCCAGCAUUUAUUCUCUCGAUCUGUUCUUUCUCUCUGUCUAUCUCUUUCUCCCUUGUCGUGCGCUAUAUUCCUCUGUGAGGAAAAUGCAAGUGAGUAUGGUGACAAUGUUCUUCCAAAGUGACACUUGCGAUAAAAAUAAAUAAUAUUAGCGGCUAGAACAUUUCUAUAAUAAGAUAGAUCCUUGUUCUCGUGUUGUACAAUUUUAUGAUUGUUAAAUUGGAGACAAAACUGAAACAUAAUCUAUUUGCGUGCAACGAUGGAACCAAGUUCAAUUCGCUAACGCUUUACAACUCGACUAGCCACCGAUCGACAUGAAAUGUAAAUACUACAAUUAGCUUUGCCAUCAUGCUAAGAUGUUCGACGGUAAAAUUGGUAUCUGCGAAACUAGUGCCGCGAGAAACUUGUGAAUUUGCGUAUUUACAUUUACUUGCACCAUCGAAGGCAGAUAUAAAUCAACGGAUUUUACGAGAAACAUUAAAAUUUCUUUAAACAUAUAGUCGAGGGGUAAUUUAUUUAAAACAAAUUCGACAAACGAACGUGCUGUAACGUACAGAACUUAUUUCCUUUCUAAAAUGUAUAAUCGUUAAUUAUUCAUACUUAACACUUCACACAAUAACACUGUAACGUCUGAACAGAAUUUCUUUGCAUUAAUGGUAUAAAUGAAAGUGUUUUCUUUUCAUCAUUAGGUUACUAUUUAAAUGUGGUCUAAUACCAUUUACAGUAACUUAUUCAUAGGCAUGUUGAUUUCUCUUCUAUAUUUUGAAUAGUACGUACAGAUUGUUGUAUAACGAAAUAUAAAUGGCAUAAAUAUGUUGUAUAAAUUUUUAAUGUUGCAUAUUUAUACCAUUCCUACAAUGAAGUUUGAGGCGUUUAAAGUUACAGUCCAAAGUUUUAUUACAGCAAAGAGGAUUUUUUACGUGUGCCAACAAUGAUAACUUGGUGUUAAUGAAUUUGCGUUUGUCAAAUUUAAUAUUUCGGUACGGAAUUCGUUUCUAAAGACACUUGAAGUUAAAAAUUAUUGCAUAAAUUAUCCCCUUAUCCAAACAAAUCAUUUUGACUGUUUCUGUGCAUUAACGAAUGAGUAUAUUCGACGAUCUGUAGAAUGGGACCUCUACUGUAAAUAAGCAAUGGACAACAUUAUAUCUAAUAAAAAAAAUAUAAAUAUAUAUAUAUAUAUAUUAGGUAUAGGUAUAGGUAUAAUAUAGAUGUAAGAUACACACAUUAACAAAAAAAUGACGAUCUCAUUGUGAUGUUGAUUGCUGUGCAAAUCAUGGUAAUGUCACGACUCAUGUACAUUAUAAUGGCAUCAGAUAAAAUUUGUCUCUCUCCCUUUCUCUCUUUCUGAACACUUAAGAGUAGAUAAAACACAUUACCGAAAACAGCAGAACAAUUGUGUGUACUAUAUAAGUGUAUGCGUUGAGUUAUUAUUAAGGAUGGAUAAGGCGUAUCAGUGAAGAAAUAAUACGGGAAGAGAUUUAUCUGGGAAAUAUAUGUCUGUCAAUGUACCUUAAACGCGUGGUACGCUUAACAGCAUCAUCGUUACAUAAUCAUAGAGGGUCAGGCACUUUUUAUAUUAAAUCGCGCGGAAGGUACCAUGUCGCGUAGGGCGCGCCGUAUUUUUCACGUAUCUCUCAAUGGUCUUGCUUCUUAGAUUCCGUGGCUACUCUGGAUAGCUGGAUAAUUCAUUCACUGCCAACAUAAUCAUUGUUGUAGGUGUUAUACAAGUCCUACUCCCGAAGAAUAAAACAAUUCACGUUGUUAUAUUUUGGUUGAA